AUGGAUGUACAGAAGCAGCAGCUAUGCCCGCGGCUUGUGGACUAUCUCACUAUCGUUGGGGCGAGACCAUACACCACUGGAAAGGGAUUGGCACCUGUUCAGGCACCAGAACUACUCCGACGAUAUCCGCUCACAAACCAUGACGACUUUCCCUUGCCCCUCGACAUGGUAUACUUCUGUCAACCGGAAGGUUGUGUAUCUGUGGCCCAACGAAGACAGCUGGCUCACAUGUCCGCAAGAGAUACUACCUCGUUCGUUUUCACGCUGACUGAUAAAGAUUCAGGUAGAACCCGUUACGGGAUUUGUGUGAACUUUUAUCGUGCCGUGGAACGCGCCCCGGCCCCGGGACCCAGGGAUCGUGGUCUUUUAAGGAGGGAGUCUUGGCGCAAAUCCAUGGAAAGAAGUUCAGAUUCGGCGUUUUCCAGUGACUAUAGGAGCAGCAACUUGGCGCCUAGUGACUCGGAACGGGAAUGUAGCGCCCCGCGGUUCGCGCCCGCGCCGGAUUCCGAGAGCGGCGGCGAACACUCGCCCAGUCCUAGAGCGACAAGGAAACGUCAGCGUAUACGAAACCAUUCAUUAACCUCCCUCUGCCUUUUAUCACACCAUCCAUUCUUCUCAACCUUCCGCGAGUGCCUAUUUAUCCUCAAGAAGCUGAUUGAUGCGUGUAACGAGUCUUCCAGUCCGCGACGCGUUGGUGCGUCCAGACAAAUAUUUAGAGAUACUGUCUGGUCUGUUCUAACUGGACAAGCCUACGACAAUACCCCAACAAUAGUAUUACACGAUGUGAAAGAGAUUGAGACCUGGAUCUUGCGAUUGCUGUCUGCUCCUGUACCGGUGCCUGGCAAGACGAGGGUUGAACUAGAAGUCCUGUCACCAACCGCUCAUGCACCGUUGGUCUUCGCCCUUCCUGAUCACACGCGGUUUACUCUUGUGGACUUCCCCUUGCAUUUACCGUUAGAACUUCUUGGUGUGGACACUUGCCUAAAAGUUCUCACGUUGAUAAUUCUUGAGAACAAGGUGGUGGUCCAGUCUCGUGACUAUAACGCCCUCUCCAUGUCUGUGAUGGCAUUGGUGUCCAUGCUAUAUCCUCUGGAGUAUAUGUUCCCGGCCAUACCCUUACUACCCAGCUGUAUGAGCUUCGCAGAGCAACUGCUUUUGGCACCAACACCGUUCCUAAUCGGAAUCCCGGCCACUUUCUUAACGUAUAAGAAAAAUUUCAAGUUACCAGACGACAUUUGGCUUGUGGACUUGGACGCCACCAAGUUAACAAGUCCCACGGGAGCUGACCAGGAACUACCGCCUUUACCAGAACCGGAAAGUUCUGUUUUGAAAAGUCAUUUACGGCAGGCUUUAAGCAGUCUAACGAACACGUCUGCUGAACAGGCCACUGCUCCCAUAUUACCUUCAAGAAGAGACAGCGUGGGUGGUGCCACUCUCAAAGUCCAAACUCCGUCUUUCAAAGACAACCUUCAAGGGUCUCACAGCACGCCAGAAAGUCGUCGCGUGUCUGUCGGCAGCGCUGCCCACUCCCAAAGGCAUUCCUUUGCAUCAACACAUUCACCACAGUCCCAACCACAUUCUCCUCAGCAGCCCUUCAACCCACUCAUUUAUGGAAAUGAUGUCGACUCAGUUGAUGUAGCUACGAGAGUUGCGAUGGUGCGUUUCUUCAACUCGCAGAAUGUCUUAGCUAACUUCAUGGAACACACGCGCACGUUGCGUUUAUACCCUCGACCAGUGGUCGCGUUUCAAAUCAACAGUUUUCUGCGAUCACGGCCGAGAACAUCAGCUUUCCUUAACAAAUUCGCUAGAACACAGGCGGUGGAGUUCCUAGCGGAAUGGUCCUUGACUCCUCACAAUGUUGCUUUCUUGCGAGUCCAAACAGGAGUGUUUGACCCUCGACAAGUUGGGGAUAAGCCUAAAUGGUUUGCGGACACGCUGCAACCAGUACGCUUUGAAGUCUGGGAUGACGGUAGUUCGCUUAAUGGAGCUUUGCGACAACUGCAAAGACAGGAAAAUCAACCUACAGAUGAAAGUGGCUCUGAUUCGGAUGGAGCAGAAAGCACGAGCUCAUCAUAUUCAUCACUCAGUGAUUUUGUUUCUGAAAUGGCGUCUUCCGACUUAUCUCCAGGAGGAGGAAUGCAACAUGUGGUGGGAGAAACAUAUAACGCCGUGAUUCAAGUACCUAUGACGCUGUCUUCAUCAUUAGAUCCCAAAACUGUGUAUAGUCCCCCCUCUUCGCUGAUGUAUGGGGAGGAGGAAGAAGAGCAGCGUGGUCAGGCACGUGAGUCUUCACCUUCUCCUUCGCCCUCCAGCUCGGAGCAUAGCGAUCUCUCUGAUGACGAUCUACCGCCUGAUAGCAACGAAGUUGGAAAUCCAGCACCUGUGAAGAAAAGCGAUACAGAUAGUGGUAGUUUUGGUCGUGAAUCCGAUUCAAAUUCAACUACGACCCCGGCCACGGUGGUGAGGGCGGGACGUAGAGAGGCAAGUCCAGCACACGAAAGAGACGCAAGCGCAUAUGCACGGACACAAUUUGCUAAUAGAACAAAGAGUUCUGGAGGCGUUUCACGCCAAGCAUCACAGACGUCAUUAUUGGAACAGUUCGCAGCUCAAGCUAAGGAAUUAGUGAGGGAAACCACGCGACAGAGUAGCCAAGAGGGUCUCCUUGCUCAUAUGGACAAGCUAACAACUCACGCAAAGAAAGCUGCCGAAGAGGCAUCUAAAAGUGUACAAGAAGCUUCCAAAUCUGCUCUAGAGGCCAGUAAAACGGCGACGGCGGUCAGUAAAAAUACAUUUGAAGACCUCACCUAUGUAGGAAAGUCUACAUUAGGGGAUCUUACUAAGAGCGCCAAGGAAGCUGCUGCAAAGAAGGGUUUAUUAAAGGGUGAGAGCCAAGAAGGUCCAGGGCCUAUGGGACGUCGGGAGUCUGCUGCUCUUCAAACGACGACACUUCUCGCAACUACUCACAGAGAUUUCUUCUCAAACAUUAGUUCUGACCUCAAUGGCCUAGCUGCUUCAACCUCCAGCAUGUUCAGCGAUUUCUUCGGGUCUAAAGGAAAACAACCGAAGCCACCUGAAACGCCAUCAUCAGCGCCACUCUCGGCAACCUUUGGCCCAUUCUCUCAAGGCGCGCGCGGUCUUGUCCAGCGCUCGCCAUUGAUUCGUCACGCGACACCCGCUGCGCCUCCUCAGCAGCAGCCUCCACGCUCGCCCAACGCUGAAAACCAAGCCUUUCUUAAUGACUUAAUCCAACACGUAUUAGAAGGUGAAGGUGUAGGAUGGCUUAAAUUAAACCGCUUGAAGAAAUUAAUGGAGGACGAGUCUUACAGAAACAUGGUUCUCAGCAAACUCAAUAGAAAUAUUAACAGGAAGACAACGCCUAAUGACAAAGUCGAGGAUGUGUUUGUUAGCAAACCGGUCUGGAAGGGCAUGCUCAAGGUACUUCAAGCUGUGGUGCAUGGAUUAGAACAUACAUACUCAAAUUUCGGUUUGGGUGGGAUGGCCUCCGUGUUUCAAUUGACUGAGAUGGCGCAUACACAUUAUUGGAGUAAGGAAGUGGCGGGAUUGGAACAGGGUGGCAUGGGCGGUUCUUCGCUCACCGACCAUUAUCGGCAAGACCAGGAAUCACUUUCUUCGACGCCUUCGUCCAGAAAAAGCUCACAGUCAGACAUGCCAGUCUUAAACUAUCCUGACAUGGAUCCAAACGAUGCUCAGACGACAUCAGAAAUAUUCAAAGACAUGUUGAAUUCCAAACGAAACCUUCUGUUUAGCAAGCUCACCUCUUUCGACUCUGACGUAUGUCGCGGAGGAGGGAAACCACGCACCGGCAGUGUAUUUUCCUCCAAGUCCACUAGCAGUUACAAGCCCCCAGUUGGAGUUCCAGCAACAUCGCCUCUCACUUCUCCAGAUACUGCAAGAACUUAUCUCUAUCAGGGAUUAAUAGGAAAGGAAAGAUCGAAUUUAUGGGACCAAAUGCAAUUUUGGGAGGACGCAUUUCUUGAUGCUGUUAGUCAAGAACGUGAUAUGAUCGGAAUGGACCAGGGAGCUAAUGAAAUGAUGGAGAGAUACAAAUGCCUCAGUGAGACAGAGAGGAAACGUCUGGAACAUGAGGAAGAUAGACUCUUGUCUACGGCUUUAUAUAACUUGACCGCGGCCAUGGUGCUGUUUGGUGUUGAAUCUGAUAUUGUAAGGAAUAAAGUGCGAAGGCUUUUAGCUAAGAGUCAUAUAGGCCUCGUGUACAGUCAAGAAGUCAAUCAUCUUCUAGAUGUUGUUCAUAACUUGCAUGGCAACGAUAUUGAACUAAAAGCCCUGGGUUCUCGUCAAGCACGUCGCGCCUCGUUUACGGUACACGAACGAGAUGCGUCUGGGCCAUUACGUUUUAUGGAGGUCCGGACUGAUGGUCUUGUGUUACGAUCAACACAAGGUACGAUAAUUGAGCGAUGGUGGUACGAACGUUUAGUAAACAUGACGUAUAGCCCUAAAAUACGAGUUUUGUGCCUUUGGAGGAAAAAUGGUGGCCAGACUCAGUUACAUAAAUAUUAUACUAAAAAGUGCAAAGCGCUGUACUACAGCAUUAAAGAGGCUAUGGAGAAGAGCGGAAGAAAGCAAGAGGCAGCAGAGUUGGGAGGAGAGUUUCCCGUGCAAGAUUGCGCCUCUGGAGAGGGCGGGCUCAUACAGGUUUGCAUGGAAGGCGUGGGUCUUCUGUUCCACCACAGCAAGUUCUUUGUGAGACUGGAUCACAUCAGAAAAUGCUUCACACAGAAUGGCGGUAUCUUCGUUUUAGAAGAAUUCAAUCCAAAGACAAGACAAAUAACGCAAAGAAAGUACAAAUCAGUUAUGGCAGAGAAAGUAGUGCUUGAUCUCCAUCGUUUCUUCUCCAUAUGGCUUUCUCGGUACUAUCUAUAUGUUCAGCUAGAUGAACCCGAAUGGUCAUACUCACCUUAUGCGGACCAAAUAUGCUACGCGGUCCUGUGUGUGUUCUCGUACUUUGCGGCAGGUCAGGAACAGAAGAAAGCUAUUCUUGAGCAAGCAGCGCGCCUCCCGCCGUCACCGCAACAUGGCGCCCAGGCUCGUACCAGUUCAUCCAACGUGCAAGAGCAGGUAGAAAAACCAGGAUCAGAAAGUCGUUAUGAAGACAGGGUGUCAAAAGGUCCAGAAGCGUCCCGCGACCGUCCCAGAGUACCUCCGGAUAGGCAGACCUCCAGAACUCUGCCUGAACGACCACAUCAGUCUGACAGAUCGGUUGAGAGGUCACCACCAAUUGACAGAUCUCACCAAGCAUCGCGGACACUGCCUGAACGACCGGACGUACGAAACGAUUACGCCACAACGCGACAAAUGCAUGAAAGUUUAGAGAGACGAGACAGUAUAAAAGAUAAUGGGAGAGAUAGCAGGCGGACGAGCGAGUGCGAAAGAGAUAGUGGACGUCUAACGAGUGACCGAGACGGAGAUAGUGGAAAAGUGUUGGCACACCGCACGGGAAGUCUACCCCCGCGUCGUCCACCCCCUCCAGCGCCCUUACAACAACGUCUUUCCAGGACUCAAUCACAAUCAUCUCCACCAAAAUCUCAUGAUCCACCAACAAUACCGCCGCGGGUGGGCGUGUCCGGCGGGGUAGCGAGUGGUACGAACGUUCGGCCCGGUCCGCCGCCGGCUUUACCACCGCGGCAAAUGUCUGCCGUCGAAUUCAACACCUCACCUAAAGCGUCACCUCAACGACGCGCCGGCGCAACUCCACAACGGCAGACAUCAGCGAGCGCGGGCUUCGCUCAGAGCAAUCCGUUCGCAGCCCCCGCGCACCACGACUUCGUUAUCCCACCGAGACCAGUUCGCCGCCCAUCCACAGAUCGCACCUAG